ACCAUUGUUUUUAUCAACCAAAAAAUUUUCAAUUCCCACAUUUCUUAAUGUCAACCAAACAACACCUUAGUUUUUACAAUGACAGAAUUAGUAAAGAGAUUGUAAGCACCAUGUUAACUUAAUAAAACACGACAUCUUAUACUCAAUAGAAAACCAAAGAAAUCCAUAAUACUACUUUGCAGGUAUUAUUUGUGAAAUAUAAAAUAUUCCAAAGUUAAAAAAAAACGGAGGUAAUAGAUAAAAUCAAGAAUUUGCUUAAAAAAAAAUAAAAUCAAGAAUUACGCUCGGAUCAAACACUGGUUAUCAUCUCACCAAGGUCCUUUCCCUUAUGGGUAAGCAAAAGUAGAGGGCUAAAACGUCAAAUGCCCAAAAUUCCCGCUCUAAAACUCUGCCACGUAAAACUUGCAAUACACAUUACACGGCAGUGUCAAUUGAAAUGUCACUCAAAACAAAAACCAACUCAAACAUUCAAUUCACCUCACUUUCUCUCUCCUGAAGAACCUCCAUUAAAAUGACUCCUGAAGGUCUUCUAGCAUCAGCAGCAAUAAAUAUAGGGUUAGCAAUGGCGGUCCUCUGUAUUUUCUCCAUUCUCAAGAAACAACCUUCCAAUUCCUUCAUUUACUACGCUCGUCGUCUCUCUCAUCAGCAACAACCGCUGUCGUUUGAUCGCUUCUCGUUUCGCCGUCUUCUACCUUCCGUUUCGUGGAUUCCUCGCGCUCUUCGUGUUUCCGAGGACGAUAUUCUCACCAAUUCUGGCCUUGAUGCUCUCAUUAUCAUCCGUCUCUUCAAAUUUGGUAUCAGAUUUUUUGUGGUUUGCUCUGUGAUCGGGUUGCUAAUACUUCUUCCACUCAAUUACUAUUCCGAGUCCUCACAGUCCAACCAUUCACAUUACAUGAAUUCGUUUACCAUAUCAAAUAUCCAAGCAGGGUCUAAUAGGCUGUGGGUCCACUUUUCUUGCUUAUGGCUCAUAUCCUUGUAUGGAUUGUAUAUGCUGUAUAAGGAAUAUAAAGAGAUUUUGGCUAAAAGAAUUCUAUGGCUUCAAAAGUUAAAGGAUAGACCAGAUCACUUCACUGUUUUAGUUCGAGAAAUUCCACUUUGCCCUGAACAUAAAAGCUAUGGAUGCAGUGUACAUCACUUCUUUACCAGACAUUAUCAACAUGCUUUUCAGUCCCAUCAAAUGUUGUAUGAUGGGAGGGAUCUUGUUUUGCUGCAGGAACAAGCAGCCUUAAUACAAAGAAAGAUACAAUGGUUGCGAGAGAAGUCCAUGAGAAGGAAGUCUAAUCAGAAUGAUUCACUUUCUGAACCUUUGAGAGGAGAUGCCUCAAAAAUCACUUUUCUGGAGGAAAAACUUUGCAGAAUAUGUGGUGCUAUAAGUGGUAUGCAGUAUGAAACUAUGCUUCAGAAAAUGGAGUUGCCUGCUGCUUUUGUGACAUUUAAAUCUCGGGUCGGAGCUGCACUUGCUGCACAGUCCCAACAGCACCCACAUCCUUUCUUGUGGAUUACAGAAGAAGCUCCAGAACCUAGAGAUUUGUUAUGGAAAAACUUGUCAACCCCUUCUCGGAGGUUGCUGUUGUACAAAAUUGGGUUCUAUCUUGCUGCAACACUUCUUACAAUUUUCUUUGCUGUGCCGGUAGCAGCUGUUCAAGGAAUAGCAAAAUUUGAAAGGCUGAUGAAGUGGUUCCCUCCAGCUAUGGCCGUGCAGUUAAUACCAGGAUUAAGAUCUGUUGUAACAGGGUACCUUCCAAGUGUUAUACUAAAUGGAUUUAUUUACGUUGUUCCUUAUUCAAUACUGGGGAUGGCUCACUUAGCAGGCUAUCCCUCAAAGAGUCAGACAGAGAUGAAAGUCUGCAAUAUGGUGUUUUACUUUCUAGUUGGCAAUGUUUUCUUCUUGACCUUAUUAUCAGGAUCUCUCCUUGAUGAACUUGGAGAAUCUUUCAGUCAUCCAGGUGAUUUUCCUAGCCGAUUGGCUCGUGCUGUCACAGCUCAGGUAAGGUUGUCAAACCAGUUUAUAAUGCCAACUUUCUUAUGGAAUUUUGUUAUAUGUUUCUCCUUUGAUUUUGACACUACUUGAUUUUUUUUACUUAAAUUAUUUUAUGAUGUCAAAAAGCGUGGUAUGAGGGUGUACUGUUUUAUUUUCAGGUAUGAAUAAUAAUUUUAAUUAAAUCCUAGUAUCCUACUCUGCAAAAUGCAAUGAUUUCAAACAUGUAUGCUCUAAAUGUUGUAGAUUCUGAACAUCUCAUAAGCUUAAUUUGUCUAUCAGGCUGAUUUUUUCACAACAUACAUCUUGUCUGAUGGACUGUCUGGUUUCUCACUAGAAAUACUGCAAGCGGGCCUACUGGUUUGGGAUGCCAUAAAGAGACAUACAUUUGGUCGUGGAAAGAAAAGAUCUCCUUAUGUUUAUUCUCUGCCUUAUUUCAGGGUCAUCCCUUUUGUUUGUCUCUGCUUUCUGAUUGGCAUGGUUUAUGCACUUGUGGCUCCCUUGCUCCUUCCAUUUGUGCUUGGCUACUUAUACUUGGGAUACGCUGUCUACAUGAACCAGAUUGAGGAUGUGUAUCCAACUUUUUAUGAGACUAGUGGACAAUAUUGGCCAUACGUUCAUUCUUACAUCUUUUUCUCCCUCUUUCUCAUGCAAAUCACUAUGAUUGGUCUUUUCGGAUUGAAGUCAAAGCCAGGGGCAUCAGUUGCCACAUUACCACUUCUUGUGCUCACAUUACUGCUCAACGAGUAUUGCAAGCUCCGCUUUCUUCCGUCUUUCAGCCAACAUACUAUCCAGAUUCUUAAGGAGAAUGAUGAGAGCGAUGAGAAAGAAAGUAAUCUGGAUAUCAACUCCCAUAAUGCAGCAGAUGCAUAUCGACCACCUUUCUUAAGACCAGUUAGCUUUGCUGAAGAAGGAUCAAGCUCUUCUCAGUGACCUGUCCAAUUCUUUUGCUGUUGUUAACUGAAUUAAGCAAAUGAGCCCAUCUUGGACUGCCUGCAAAACCUCUGUCGUAAUCUGCUCGGCUCUGUGACUUUGUAGCUAAUUGUGUAGGAUAUGCUAGAAGUAUAAUUAUCUUCCACAACAGAAUUUACUGAUAUAGCAGAAAGUUUAGUCAUUUGUGAACAUUA